CAUAAAAACAGACGUACAAGAAAACAUACGAAGCCUGUACAAAAGACAAACAGCUGCAUCAGUGUGCUUGGUGUUGUGUGGCCUUCGCCUGCAGACGACAACUUUAACGUAUUCAACUUCCUGAUUACAGGAUCCUUCUGCCAUCGCUUCCACGGCCAGCGCUGUUGAAAUGUAUACAUGCACGUUCAUCAUUAUGGCUUCUUUAGUUUUUUUCAAUUGUAUAACCUCUGAUGCAGCGGCUACCUCGCCUAAAACAGAAACGACGACAAAAAACACAGCAAUAACAACAACCCCUCCUAAAGCCACUACAAAAAACCUAAUAACAAAUACAAACACACCAUCCACCUCAAGUUCAACCACACUUACUUCCACAACAACAACCAAACCAACAACAACAACAGCAACUAGCCCGAAAACAACCACCACAACUAUGUCUACAACAAAUUCCACAACAGCAAAAUCUGCACCCACAUCAACAACCCUUAGUACUACAAAGCUUACUGCAUCAUCACCAGUCACCAGUUCUGCAUCUACAUCAACUACAUCACCGACUACUUCCUUAAAGAUGACACAACCAACACCAGGCAAUGUAAACAACGCAGUUUCGAUCAACAUACAAGAAGUAAUGUCUGAAUGUUUUUGCAACCUCUCCCUGUCUCUGAAGUGUGAACUGAGCCUGAAUUUAACACGGGCUAACUUCGCUUUCAAAUUAAACAAUACAACGAAUUUUCAAACUGGACCUAAUAUUUCUGGAAUUUAUAUUUGUGAAUUCACGGAUCUUAAUAGUUUAGCCAUAAGUAAUACAAGUAGGAAUAACUGCACGUUGUAUAACAAUUCAAGCAAAGAUGUUUGCAGUGCGCUAGAUCCAAACACAGCGCUUCACCUAAACAAUUGUUCUGGGAAUAAAUCAGUUACGUGGAACAUGAACACAUUUAUCAACAUACAGUUUACGGGUGCGGUGGUUGAAUUGCAAGUAAAUAACACUGAAACUUUGUGUAGUGGAUUUUUCCGUAACUCGCAGACUUCAUCUUCAACAGAUGCUGGGAAAAUCGCAGGUGCUGUAAUUGGAGCGUGUGUCGGUAUUGUGCUUGUGGUUCUUCUCGUUAUCAUCCUUCUUAGGUUUCGAAGAAAAAGGUCAAGGGCGUUGAAACAACACACUUCCGCUCCAAACAACGCCCUCGCUGGUUUUAGUAAUGACACGGCCUAUCGAAAUUCUGAUUCUGAUUUGAAAAACUAUGAGCUGAUUAGCGUAGAUGACGAUCAAUAUUCUAAAAGCCGAGGUUAUCGGGCUUUCCAAGACAAUACAGAUGGGGACACUAACAAUACACGCUAUACUAAUAAUAGACCUGGAGAUUAUGUCCAAGCGGGAAGGGGUACCGGAACUGACGUCAUCACGUCUGAAACAACACCUGCUGUAAACAAUAUAUCAGUUGGCCAAGCGGACAAACAUCCGGAUGACUGUGAAGCAGACGACGGUUAUUCGACUUUUAACAACGAAGCUAAACACGAUUACUCCGUGUUGCGAUACCGUGUGGUAGAAACAACGAACCCUUAUAAUGUCUUGCUCGGAGAGAAACAAGAUCCCAAAUAUCGGGAUCCGAUUCCUCAGCCUAGACGCUAUUCUGACGUAUCGUACGAAGGAAUGUCCCCUUUCACAGAACCGAUUACAAAUUCGGACGAUACUGGUGUUAAAGAAGUGGAUAUUAUCGAUCUAUCUAAAAUCAAACCUGACGAUUACGACUACCCGGUAAUGGUGUGUGAUAAUAAAGCUAAUGAAAUUGAUGAAGAUGAAUAUUCGACACCGUUAAGCGUUGACAAUUUAGUGAGAAACAAGGAGAGAAAUGCCACUAUAAAUCCUUAUAUUGUAUCUAAGACCACACAAUCAGCACCCACACACCUAACUAUAACAGAACCGGCACCCACACAUCAAACCCACACAACUACCAACACAACCGGAAAUGAGCAUGCUUCCUCCCAGCAGCCAGUAGAGGACGAAUCACCCACAUAUUACUACACACAGCACAGCCUCUUAAAACAUCUUCAAGUCUAGCGUCAGGCUUGGUCAUCGUCACCAUAGCAACGGAUAUUUUGUUCUGGUGUUUAAAGGGACUAAAUGAACACAAUUGUGAUAUUUUUUUCUCUAAAAACUCCAGCACAGUUGUAUCACCUCCUAUGAAUUCAAAGAAAACAUAUUUAAGCGAAACAUAAUUCAAUAUCAAAACAACUAUACACUUUUUCUCGUUUGUGUUUGUAAAGAUAUUUUUUUAAAAUACUCAUUGAUAAAGUUUGCAGAUUAUGUUCCAAUUCUUGUAUUAAUGGCUGCAUGUUCGCAUGAGUAGCAUUCCUUAUAACGAAAUGUUACCAUCAACGAUCUUACACUAUCCCUAGCGGUAACCAUAACAACAAAGACUAAAACACUACCCGCCAGUCUGUGAUUCAAGCUGAAUGGGGUCUCUCCUUCCAGAUAAUGUAAAUAAGAUCAAUUUUCUAGUUGAAUUACCGCUCUGUUUUUAAUUAUCCAUGGUCUAACUGACAAUUUGAUGAUUGCUCAUUGAUAAUCCAAGAAGUGCCUGAACACUAUGAUAUGAAGUGUCAGUGUUACUCAUACAGCUGAUUGACCUAAGGGACAGUUACCUUUGCAGCUUAGAAUCAGCAGUUGCUAAAAGGGAACCAGAUUCGUUUAUAAUGUACAUAAAGUAUAUAAAGGACUGCCGUUGAAAUAAUAUCAAUUUUAGUUUUACUUUUAGCAAGAGUGAGGACAGAACCAUAACUGAUGCCAAAUCAAAAAGGAAAAUAACGCGUGUAGUAUAUAAUAGUAGUAAGACUUUUGUGACGAUGUGUCGCGAAAUAAAAUCGCAUUCAUUUGACAAUUUUGGAUGAACUAAAUUAAUGAUUAAAUAAUGAAAUGCACAAACGCGUGCCUAUUUUAGAAGAAAGGGCGUACAUUUGUGGAUAUUUUAUAGGGCUCUUUUUUUAUUACUAACUAUAGUACGGGGAUAAAACUAAAACUCGGCUUUAACUAACGGUCUACCGUCAUUUAUAAACACUCAAUACUGAAUUUGUUUUCUUUUUUAAGCAUUGACUCGUUUUAUUUCUAUAAAAUUUUGAUGAAUUUUUAUUGCUUUUUGUUUAGUUAAUUACUGUUCUACUGUGGAAAAUAAACCAAAGAUGUGUUUCGUUGUUU